UCAAUGAUCUUAAUUGAUCUUUUUUUUUUCACAAAAAUAUUUCAGAGAUCACAUUUUAUACAGUUUAAAGAAGGCUACUGUACGACUGGAUUGGAUAUGUCUUACCCUUGUAGUUACAGUAUAUUAUCAAAACUUGAGGAGAGUGUCUUUUCAAAAGUUUACCUUCUGCAACACACAAAUGGUGAAAAAGUGAGUUAAAUGUUUUUUUUUAAUGCCUUAUUACACCACUAUCCCAUUCCAUUGUUACACUCCCACCCUUAAGCACAUGAAUUUGACUGCAUUUGCAUCUCCUGCCUUAAUGAUUAAUUAAAAUUAUGAAUAAAAUGGAGAUCAUUGAUUGAAAAGAUUAUAGUUUCUUUAGCUUUAACUAAAUUUCUGGUUUUGGUGGCUAAAGUAAUUAAAACAAUAAAUAAAUUUCAAAUGUUUGAACAGGUUAUACUUCAUCCAAUAUUUUGUUUUAAAUUGAACUUAAUCAUUUUAUAUCUUAUUACCGGGUAGUACACCUUGAAAGUCACUGAUGCUUCAAAGACAAAAAAAAAUGAAACAAAAGAGGAAGUGGAAGUACUUAUGAGACUUAAUCAUCCACAUCUUGUACAAUGCUGCAACUACUUCCUGUCCGGUGAGAGUGAUCUAUACCUUCUACUAGAACACAAUACAGGUGGGACUCUAUCUCGGGCCAUUGAAAAAAAUAUCCCAGAACCAAAGGCCCUAAAAUGGUUCUCUCAACUGGCCGAUGCUAUAAGGGUUUGUGUAAACCUUUCUUUUUUUCUUUCAAAUUUCCCAUAAUUUAAUGUCUGUUCUAUAUGUUUUAAGCAUGCUGUUUAAAGAAAUAAAUGUUAAGAAAAUUCUUAGGAAACGAGCAGAACAAAGUAUGGGAGAACCUGAAAAAAAAGAACGCAACAAAACAUCGAAUGUGUCGGCAAGAAGCCUUCAUCAGAAUUAAAUAAAAAUAACACUUAGCUGUAAUGCAGUAUCCGAGAGGACAGCAAGAGAAAUGUGUAAAAAAAUGCUCAGCUGGUUAAUAAAAAUUGCUGCUGUAAAAAUGCUGGCAAAAAUUACACUUGAUAGUUUAUUUGUUUCAUUUUUUUUGGGCAAUCUGUUGUUUAAGCAGAAUGUUAUGUAUAUUAGAAGAACAAUUGACACAGAAUUGACCCCAUUAACAUCUAGUCUAGAUGUCAGCUGAACCAAUGAUAUGAUAAUUUUGUAGGUCCUUCCUCUAUGUAAAUUGACCAUAGAAGUAGAAGCAUAUUGCAGAUUCUGAUUAUUGUGUCACGUACCGGUACACAUUUUUUUUCUUGGUUAUCCAAAAUAAGCAGUUGAAAAAAUUCUAAACUUCGGUCAGCGAAGGAGUGGACCCUAAAUGAUUUCUGUUAGAAAAAAUAGCAGUGUUGGUCGUGUGACAUGUCGUAACCUAUCAGUAACCGUGGGAAUCAUUAAUGAAUAGAGUUUACAUUACAUAGCAUAACUAAGUAACACUGAGAUAAUUAGCUUAAAUAAUGUGCUUUUUGCUGUCAAUAAUGAAGGGAAACUCCAAUGGGGUUUAGGAUUAUUGGAAGUUUCCAUCAAAAUUCUGAACAUCACAUUUUCAAACCAAGUUGAAUGACCUUUUAAUAAAAAAAAGGAAAAACAUUUUCUAAAACUGCAACAACAAUGGAAAUGAUAAGUUCAUAGGAUUACAGAUUAAUUAGACUCAGGGGACAUUAUUUUUAUAUAAUUUACUUUAUAAAAUAAACUUAGCGUUGUUUAAGAGUUAAAACCUAUCCAGUCAUCAUAAUAAGGCCAAAUUUGCUUGUGUGUCAAAAGCGCGAAUCUCCAGCUGCACUCCACACACCCUCACAACGAUGAUCGAGUUGGUCAUGGUCAAUAUGGACUGACGAACUAAAACAGCAGUGUCAAGAAAGUUCUGUUGGGCGGUUGUUAAUAGAAAUGAGUUUACCUAUGGAGAAAAAUAUUUUUCUAGUUGAGCUUUAUUUUCACUUGUAUGUAAGGAAUUAAGUGAUUGGGGGGGGGGGGGCAUGUUUGUUUAAAAGUGGGAGAACAAAGAUAGAUUUAAUAAGAUGGCACCAAGUAACACAAUUUUGGUGUCUGUUAUUACAAAAUUUUGCCAUUAUGAAAGUGCAUUGUAUCAAAUUUAUUUUCACUUGUAUGGAAGGGAUUAAGUGAUUGGGGGGGGGGGGGCAUGUUUGUUUAAAAGUGGCAGAACAAAGAUAGAUUUAAUAAGAUGGCACCAAGUAACACAAUUUUGGUGUCUGUUAUUACAAAAUUUUGCCAUUAUGAAAGUGCAUUGUAUCAACAGAAGAGAUGGUCUGGCAGACCCGUAACUUUUGGGAUGGUGAGAAUCAAGCCCAUUUUACCAGAGGGUUCUGAAUUUGCCCUUACAAAAUCUGCCAGGAACAUCUUUCAAACUCAACAUCAGCAUGCAUACGUCUGCAGAUUGUUUAAAAACAUAGGUAAAUUUUCAUACCGCACACAGGUUGGACAACGCUUGAUGGAGCCAGGAUGAGGUUUUUUGGGAAUUUUUGGCUAUGGUGUUUGAGGAUCAAGUUUAUCUAGUAAUGUGUGACUCUCCAAAGACCGUCACAUUAACUUACUAAUCGUACUGUUGAUGGAGGGCUUUUCCAGAAUCUUGUUACUUUAAACAAAAAAUCUCUAUUGGAAUGGUCUUCCACUUUUUUUCAAACACUAUCACCGUUUACAUUCACUUAUGUACAAGUGAAAAUUUUGCUGAACUAUGAAUAAUUUUUCCUCUGUGGAGAGACCCAUCUCCAGCAACUGCUUCCCAACACAUAAUGGUUUUCACUUCUAUGGUCACAUGGUGGCUGGAGCUAUGCACCGCUGACAAACGCAAGAUGCAGGAGUUUCAGCACUGUUAGUUUCAGGACAUGCUGUUUUUAUUCAAACUUUAAUCUAAAAUAAAACAAAAAUGUUAUAUUUUAUUGUUUAGUAUCUACAUUCUAUUCUUUUGCUAAUAUCUACAUUCUAUUCUAUUGUUUAGUAUCAACAUUCUACUUUUGCUAAUAUCUAUAUUCUAUUAUAUUAUUUAAUAUCCACAUUCUAUUCUAUUGUUUAGUAUCAACAUUCUAAUUUUGCUAAUAUCUACAUUCUAAUUCUAUUAUUUAGUAUCUACAUUCUAUGAAAGUGAUCCACCGUGACUUGAGGCCCGACAAUAUUUUUCUUGACAAUGAUGGUAACAUCAAAAUUGGGGACUUGGGAACUGCAAGGUAUAAGCAUAGUAGAAGUACAGUGAAAAUAGUUAAAGUCAUGAUAGUUGGUUUUGUGACACCAGAUCUAUCAUCUUUAUAUAAAUCAUUGUCGCUUUGAUGUGUAUUGAAUCCCUCCUCUGUAUUGAAUCCCUCCUCUGUAUUGAAUCCCUCCUCUGUAUUGAAAAAUACAGAGUGGAAUAGAUGCAAAUAUUCCUUUUAGAAAUUAUGUGAAAAUGUUGGAUGAUCAUGACAUUGUUCAGUUUAAGGCGUUGGUUACCAACCUGUUUGACUAGCGGAGCCCAUUUUAGAAUCACUUUCUUUGGCUGAGCCCCCUUAAGCCUAUCCUGUGUUUAACAAGUUAAAGUGUUAAAACAUUGUGUAACGGGGGAGAGAAUGGCUCUGGACCCACUGAAAAUUGCUUGGAGAGCCCUUAGGGCUCCACGGAGUACAGGAUGGGAACUGUUUUUUAAGAUGUUUGAAAUUUAUAUAACAAAUAAUUAAUGUAUUGAAUGCUUUUAUAUACAUAAUUAUUGAAUUGUACUGUAUUCAGUCAAAAAUGAUGUUAAUUGACUUGUAGGAUAACAUUUACUUUGUACCAAGAUUGAUCAAAGUUCUGUCCAGACAUUUUGACAAUGGUGUCAAUUUAAAGAGAUUGGAGUUAUGUAGUAUAUUUGGUUUUUGUUGCUAGACACUCAUGUGGUUAAUAUGAAUGGAAUACCCAUGAUAGUACAUCAGUGAUUUUUAAAAAAAAUAUUUUUUUGACAUACAUUUCUUACAAGCUCUUAAAGAUUUCACAAAGCUUUGCGUAUGGACUGCAUCUGAAAGUUCUGUUUUAGAACUUUGAACUUUUGCUUUUACAAUCAUUUCCAACUUAAAUGUGAUCAGUUCAUUUCAUGCAUUUUAUUUUGAAAUAAAAUUUAUUGGUAACACUUAUCAGUAGAGACUUAGAUAUAUUUUCACUUCAUUGAAAAUACCACUUGUUCCUCUGCAAUGUAGCUGUUAUACCAUUGAAUUAUUUACACACUUCAGACAGCAAGAAACUGUAGCAUUAAGUGGUGAUGCACCAGCGGGUACACCUUGUUACAUGAGUCCACAAAUCAUAAAUGGAAAACCGUACACAGAAAAGGUACUUUUUCAAAUUCGUAUACUUCUGUAAGAUUGUUACUCCAAAGAAGGUGGGCAAAAAGAUAUUACAGUGUGAACCAAACAUAAAUAGUAGUCUAGAAUAUUCAUAAUAUCACUUCAUAGAUGAAAUGUGUACAAUAUAAUUUUCUUGUAAACCUUAAAUUGUAAUCAUAAAGAUUAGCAACUAUCAACAAGCCAAAAUUUAAUAAUUAUUUAACAAAAAAAUGCAUACAAUUUUUUUUUGCAGCAAAAUUUUUUGCUAAUAGUAUUAGAAAUAUUAUUUCACAGCUGCAUUGAAUCCCUCCUCUGCAUUGAAUCCCUCCUCUGCACUGAAUCCCUCCUCUGCAUUGAAUCCCUCCUCUGCAUUGAAUCCCUCCUCUGCAUUGAAUCCCUCCUCUGCAUUGAAUCACUCCUCUGCAUUGAAUCCCUCCUCUGCAUUGAAUCCCUCCUCUGCAUUGAAUCCCUCCUCUGCAUUGAAUCCCUCCUCUGCAUUGAAUCCCUCCUCUGUAUUGAAUCCCACCUCUGUAUUGAAUCCCUCCUCUGUAUUGAAUCCCUCCUCUGUAUUGAAUCCCUCCUCUGCAUUGAAUCCCUCCUCUGUAUUGAAUCCCUCCUCUGCAUAUUUAGAUGACAUCUUCCUUGAAUGUUUAAGUUGAAUUCUUGACUUAUUCAGAUGAGAUAAUAAUAAUACAUGGUUGCUUUGAAAGCUUGGUGUAGGGUAGACAACAAAAAUAAAAAAAAAAUAACAGAGACUGAAAACUCUCUAGUUGCUAAAAUGUGUCUUUUUGGAUAUUCAAUCAUAGUUUAAAAUGAUCUGAGCCAAGGUUUAUUGUGUAUUUUCAAAAAGCAUCUUUCAAAGUUAAGUUAUAGUUAUACCGUACGUCAUUGUAGACUGAAUGAUUUUAUAGUUAUACCGUACAUCAUUGUAGACUGAAUGAUUUUAUAGUUAUACCGUAUGUCAUUGCAGACUGAAUGAUUUUAUAGUUUUACCGUAUGUCAUUGUAGACUGAAUGAUUUUAUAGUUAUACCGUACGUCAUUGUAGACUGAAUGAUUUUAUAGUUAUACCGUAUGUCAUUGUAGACUGAAUGAUUUGAUCCUUUCAAUUUUAUUAUUGUUUCAUUUUAUCACCAGUCAGAUAUUUGGAGUCUUGGCUGCAUUUUUUAUGAGAUACUUGCUCAGCAAGCGCCUUUCAGCUUUCCCAAGCUCAGUUCUAUUAUAUAUGAGCAUGUAAGUAAAUCUAAAAAAAACAUUGUGUUUGUUACUGUAGCAUGGUAAGAUUGUGUUUGUUACUGUGGCAUGGUAAUAUUGUGUUUGUUACUGUAGCAUGGUAACAUUGUGUUUGUUACUGUGGCAUGGUAAGAUUGUGUUUGUUACUGUGGCAUGGUAACAUCGUGUUUGUUACUGUGGCAUGGUAACAUUGUGUUACAAUGACACCGUACCAUUGUAACACAAACAAUGACACCGUUGGUAACAUUGUGUUUGUUACUGUGGCAUGGUAACAUUGUGUUUGUUACUGUGGCAUGGUAACAUUGUGUUUGUUACUGUGGCAUGGUAACAUUGUGUUUGUUACUGUGGCAUGAUAAUAUUGUGUUUGUUACUGUGGCAUGGUAACAUUGUUUGUUACUGUGGCCUGGUAACAUUGUGUUUGUUACUGUGGCAUGGUAAGAUUGUGUUUGUUACUGUGGCAUGGUAAGAUUGUGUUUGUUACUGUGGCAUGGUAAGAUUGUGUUUGUUACUGGGGUAUGGUAACAUUGUGUUUGUUACUGUGGCAUGGUAACAUUGUGUUUGUUACUGUGGCCUGGUAACAUUGUGUUUGUUACUGUGGCCUGGUAACAUUGUGUUUGUUACUGUGGCAUGGUAACAUUGUGUUUGUUACUGUGGCCUGGUAACAUUGUGUUUGUUACUGUGGCAUGGCAACAUUGUGUUUGUUACUGUGGCAUGGUCACAUUGAACCAAACAGAAUAAAGAAAAUGAUGGAGCAACUGACUUUGUAGACUUUGAGUAACACGAAGACUGUAGAGGAAUAUCUGUAUCAGAAGAAGAGAAAAAGUCACUUCUUUACAUUUCUGUGUUUUACAAAUUUCUGCUCUAUUUCAUGCCAGCACUGGCACAGUUUUAUUUGAAAAAAGUGAUUCUUUAUUAAGUAUAGAGCAAGGUUGCCUACUCUACUAGGUAUAGAGCAGGGUUGCCUACUCUACUAGGUAUAGAGCAGGGUUGCCUACUCUACUAGGUAUAGAGCAGGGUUGCCUACUCUACUAGGUAUAGAGCAGGGUUGCCUACUCUUCUAGGUAUAGAGCAGGGUUGUCUACCUUCCUUAUAUUUAAGGAUAGUCUGUACAGGGAACAUUUAACAAAGUCCACAAUAAUUUUUGAUUUUCCAGUAAAAAAAAAAAAAGACACUGUCCAUUUGAAACCAAAUAAAAUAGAACAUCUCAUCGUCUAUUUUGUAACUUAUUUCUGCUCAAAGGAUGAGUUUUAUUUCUCCCAGCCUCCAGCAAUACCAAACAUGGCCUAUGGAUUGAAUAUACGUUUCUUUAUCAAUACAAUUCUGGACAAAGAUGAUGCCAGACGACCCUCAGCACAGUGGAUUCUUGAUAAAGUUGUUGUGAGUUAUGAUCUAGUCAUUUUUAUCAAUAGGUGUUUAUUGAUACAUUUUAUUGAGUAGGACUGAGCUGGGUUUGUUUUUGUCCGGGCAUUUUGAGACUGUACCGGGUGGGUCCGGGCAUUUUGAGACUGUACCGGGUGGUUCUGGGCAUUUUGAGACUGUACCGGGUGGGUCAGGGCAUUUUGAGACUACCCAGUGGGUCCGGCAUUUUGAGAUUGUACCCGGUGGGUCCAGGCAUAUUGAGACUGAGCCCAGUGGGUCUGGGCAUUUUGAGACUGUACCCAGUGGGUCCGGCAUUUUGAGACUGUACCCGGUGGGUCCGGGCAUUUUGAGACUGUACCCGGUGGGUCUGGGCAUUUUGAGACUGUACCGGGUGGGUCGGGCAUUUUGAGACUGAACCCGGUGCAUCAGGUUAUUACAAUUCAGGAACCUUCAAUAAGACUAAGAGAGAAAAUCUUUUACAUUAAAUGGGGAAAAGUGAAAAUUGCAUGUAUAGAUGCAUUAAGGGGCCAUCCAUAUAUUAUGUACAAAACUCAUGUGUAGAUACAUUUAGGGGCUAUCCAUAUAUAAUGUACACAACUCAUGUAAAUAUGUAUUAAGGGGCCAUCCAUAUGUUAGAUGAACAACUGAUGUAUAGAUGCAUUAAGGGGGUAGGGGCCUGAUUAAAUCUUAAUUUGUAAAAAAAUUAUCGAAAUGUUUAAUUUUUUUCAAAUUUGAAAGUUCAACAUUCAUAGAAUCGACCACAUAUAAAUUGAUUAAAACAGGGAUAACAAUAAACAGCUGAUUUUGAACUCCCUACCUCUUUGAAAAAGUUGACCUAAUUUUAGUAAGAUUAUUAAAUAUUAAACAAUAAGACCCUUUUGACACCUGGAAAACUCUAUUUUUAAGUAUCAGAAUGGGCCAUUAUAAUAUAUAAACGGAAAGGUGAUAUCAUGGGCUAUUUUACUGUUAUGAAUUAUGAGCAUUAAGUAGAUUUUCCAUAAAUAUUCAAGCCCUCAAAUGUAUCAAAAAUAAUAUUUCAUUGGAUGACUAUUUUUUUUCAAUUUUUUCAUCGGUGUAAAAUGUAACCAUGGCCCUUAUUUUGUUCAUGCAUGCGCAGCCCAGUUUUCUCCUUCGAAUUUCUUUCCUAGCGACUCUUUCUUAGACUGACUUGUUACCGGCGCAUCAAUUUCCAACAUUUUUUUUCUACAAAAAAUUAUAAUAUGCUCUUCUAAGAGGCCUAAAAAGGGGGAGAGACCGGUUUGGUAAAAGCAAUGAAAAUAAAAAAACCUAGGGGAAUUCAUCACCCGGAAACUAACUGAAGUUUAUAAUUCAAGGUAAGUUUGCUAUUAGUAAAAGUAAAACUAGAAAUUAGGACCACAGGCCAUGUCAUGUCAUAGUUCAUACUAUUACUGGUAUUGUGGUAGUAGUCUCUUAUUAAAACUUUUUAGACUUUGUGUUAUUUUGGUGUGACCAGUCUUCCUGUUUCCAUUGUUUAGGUUAUGUUUAUGCGGGGGGGGGGGGGGGGGGGGUGGGAGACUGCAUAAAUUAUUGAUAUUAUAAACAUUUUUUUUUUUUUUUUUUUAGGGGGGGGGGGGGGGGGGGGGGGGGGGUGUCGGGAACUGACUUAAUUAGUAUACAUAUAAACAUUUUUUUUGUUUUGUUGUUACGUGCAACAUGGUGAUUGAAGAACCUUACUAGUAUUAGAUAGCAUAUGGAUUUAGCAAAGACUGUUUUUGUCAGGGGCAUAUAUUGCAAAAGAAAUUAUUUCAAUCAUAAGAAAGACCUAAGCUCAUUGUUAAUUCAUUUUAAUGAUGGAAAUCCAUUUCAAGGGGGUCAUACAACUACAAAUUCUUUUUUUUUUACAGUUCAUCCAUGAAUGCUGACUUGAGUGAGCCUGCAGUCAUGACAGAAACUACUGGACUGCUAAAAUGUAGUAGAGCGGAGCAGAGGUUCACUGUUUAAAAUAAUGCAACGGAGGGAAUACUUGACAACGACUCGUACACAAUGGUUCACAAUGGUACAUCAAAACUACCUCCAGUCUCCUCGAUCAGUAGAGGGAUGUACAAAUUGCAGAGGCAACAGCCUACAGCUAUUUCCAAAAAACGACAACAAACAAAUGGUCUGGCUGCCCAUUUAAAAAGGUGCUGUCCAGAUUGUAUGCCAGAGUGGUCAGAGUGGUCAGAUUGGACAUCUGCACAAGUGAAUAAGCAGUUUGACAUUAAUUACCUAACAAUUAUAGGUCGUAGCGACAAUGGAAUUGGGUGUGCUAUGUUGCAUUCUUUGUUUUCGGCAAUGAAUAUUAAAUCGCAGAUGCACCACAAAACCUAUUAUAGGUUGUCAAAAACUCUCAGCACGGCAGGAAAAGAAGCAGCAGAUGAAGCAAUGUGCCAAGCUGCUCGGCAGCAAAAGAAGCAGCAGAUGAAACAAUGUGCCAAGCUGCUCGGCAGCAAAAGAAGCAGCAGAUGAAACAAUGUGCCAAGCUGCUCGGCAGCAAAAGAAGCAGCAGAUGAAGCAAUGUGCCAAGCUGCUCUUGUUGUUUGUGAAAGAGCAAGAGCUGCAGACCCCCAAACAGACUAAGCCAAAAGCAAAACAGGGUGUCCUAUCAUCUCAAUGCCCUAUGAUGGCACCUGGCAAAAGCAAAACAGGGUGUCCUAUCAUCACUGUGCCCUAUGAUGGCACCUGGCAAAAGCAAAACAGGGUGUCCUAUCAUCACUGUGCCCUAUGAUGGCACCUGACAAAAGCAAAACCGGGUGUCUCAUCAUCACUGUGCCUUAUGAUGGCACCUGGCAAAAACGAGGCCAUUCAUCUCACAGCGUGGUUGGUGUUGCAAUCGACGUGGACGGUGGCCUAGUUUUAGUUACGCAUGUAAUCAGCAAGUAUUGUAAAAUGUGUGCCGCUGGGCCAAGGCCGGGUUCACCUGAAUUUGUAACCUGAAUGGAAAAACACAAACCCAGUUGUCAGAAGAAUGCAAUGGAGACUGUGUCAGACAGGAUGAUCUUUUCAAGAUCAGGCAAAAAGAGAAAUGUAAUUUAUGGCACAAUGCUUUGUGACGAAGUGCAGAAGUGUUAUGAAAUUGAAAUAACAAAAGAGGACUGUAUAAAUCAUAUCACAGAGAGGACCAUAUAAAUCAUAUCAUAAAGAGGACCAUAUAAAUCAUAUCAUAAAGAGGACCAUAUAAAUCAUAUCGCAAAACAGACUGUAUAAAUCAUAUCAUAAAGAGGACCAUAUAAUUCAUAUCGCAAACGGACUGUAUAAAUCAUAUCAUGAAGAAGACUGUAUAAAUCAUAUCAUAAAGAGGACCAUAUAAAUCAUAUCGCAAAACGGACUGUAUAAAUCAUAUCAUAAAGAAGACCAUAUAAAUCAUAUCGCAAAACGGACUGUAUAAAUCAUAUCAUAAAGAGGACCAUAUAAAUCAUAUCGCAAAACGGACUGUAUAAAUCAUAUCAUAAAGAAGACCAUAUAAAUCAUAUCGCAAAACGGACUGUAUAAUUCAUAUCAUAAAGAGGACCAUAUAAAUCAUAUAGCAAAACGGAAUGUAUAAAUAAUAUCACAAAGAGGACUGUUUAAAUAAUAUCGCUGCAAAAAAAUGUUUAAUGCUUUGGAAAAUGUGAAAAAAAAUCAAAGAAACUUAAAAUCACCAACUGACAAAAUCAGUUAUUGAGAAAAUAACUAAUAAAUAAAUUCAAAGAAUUUAAGAGACAAUGCACCAUGUACAUAAAAUAAAACAAGGUGAAUUCUUUCACAUGAUGAUUACCGACAAAACUCUUAACCACAGAAAUUGUCCAGAGGGGGAAAAUUCUUGGUGCCGCUACCAGAGAGCAGUAAAGACUGGUCUCCAUGAAAACACAGACCUACAUUUUCAUCACAAGUUUGGAGUAUUAUCUAUUAUUGUAAGAUUCACGGAAUCAAAUCUGUUUAACCGCUGUACUAAAACAGGUACGCAGGAUGUCUACGAAAGUUUCAUCUCGUUGAUUUGGCAGUGCUGCCCUAAAACUGUGUUUUUUUCCAUGGCAGCAGUGGAGAGGGAACAUCACUUGCCACUUUAUCGUUUAACUGUGGUCUGGUGGGACUAAAGUUGGUCCUAGAGAAAAUUGGAUUAAAGUGGGGGGAUUUAGUCAAUAUGUCUGCUACAAGGAUGUUGGAAUCCAAAUGUAACAAUCCAUAGAAACAGACACUGGGCAUUUAGACAAUAUGUCUUCUACUCUACAAGGAUGUUGGAAUCCAAAUGUAACAGUUCAUAGAAACAGACACUGGGCAUUUAGACAAUAUGUCUUCUACUCUACAAGGAUGUUGGAAUCCAAAUGUAACAAUUCAUAGAAACAGACACUGGGCAUUUAGACAAUAUGUCUUCUACUCUACAAGGAUGUUGGAAUCCAAAUGUAACAAUUCAUAGAAACAGACACUGGGCAUUUAGACAAUAUGUCUUCUACUCUACAAGGAUGUUGGAAUCCAAAUGUAACAGUUCAUAGAAACAGACACUGGGCAUUUAGACAAUAUGUCUUCUACUCUACAAGGAUGUUGGAAUCCAAAUGUAACAAUUCAUAGAAACAGACACUGGGCAUUUAGACAAUAUGUCUUCUACUCUACAAGGAUGUUGGAAUCCAAAUGUAACAGUUCAUAGAAACAGACACUGGGCAUUUAGACAAUAUGUCUUCUACUCUACAAGGAUGUUGGAAUCCAAAUGUAACAAUUCAUAGAAACAGACACUGGGCAUUUAGACAAAAUGUCUUCUACUCUACAAGGAUGUUGGAAUCCAAAUGUAACAGUUCAUAGAAACAGACACUGGGCAUUUAGACAAUAUGUCUUCUACUCUACAAGGGUGUUGGAAUCCAAAUGUAACAAUUCAUAGAAACAGACACAGGGCAUUUCCAAGUGGAAACAGAAGAAUCUUUAAAAAAGACGCUUUGAGCGAGAGCACCUCAAUGAAGUUGAAGAAGGGGAACCUAUGUUCCUGGUUCCUUUCAACAAUUGAUUUUGUUUAUAAAUGAUCAUGGUUAUGAUGCUGUACAAAAGAAAAUAAGCCACAUCACCAUCUUUCUAAAAUAAACUUUGUAUUUUUCACUUUCAACGUUUAAAAUUGAUUUUUUUUCAAAAUUGUUUUUAUUCUGUUUUUUUGUAACAUAGUGUUGUAAAAUCUCAGCUAAUUUAAAAACUAUAGUCUUAAAAUUUUGUGUGUAUCUUCCUUGUUGUGGGGAAUGAUCCAUACAAAAUGUAAUUUUUCUUCAAUUAAUUUUUUAUUUACUUUUGAUGAUAAAUUUUUAAGUUUUCUGCUGAGGCAAAAUAAAAAAAAUAAAUAGUAUUUACUAUUUUGAAAAAAUUAAACUAUUGGUAGCAUUCCAUGUUAUCAGUAGCCAUUUAAGUUAUCUUUACCCAUCAAUGUGAUCAGUAGGCUCCAAUGUUAUCUGUGGCCAUCCAUGUUAUCAAUAGCUACCCAUGUUAUCCGUGCCCAUCAAUGUGAUCAGUAGCCAUCCAUGUUAUCGGUAGCCAUCCAUGUUAUCUGUGCCCAUCAAUGUGAUCAGUGGCCAUCCAUGUUAUCUGUAGCCAUCCAUGUUAUCUGUGGCCAUCAAUGUGAUCAGUGGCCAUCCAUGUUAUCUGUAGCCAUCCAUGUUAUCUGUGGCCAUCAAUGUGAUCAGUAGCCAUUCAUGUUAUCUGUAGCCAUCCAUGUUAUCUGUGCCCAUCAAUGUGAUCAGUAGCCAUUCAUGUUAUCUGUAGCCAUCCAUGUUAUCUGUGCCCAUCAAUGUGAUCAGUGGCCAUUCAUGUUAUCCGUAGCCAUCCAUGUUAUCUGUGGCCAUCAAUGUGAUCAGUGGCCAUCAAUGUGAUCAGUGGCCAUUCAUGUUAUCUGUAGCCAUCCAUGUUGUCUGUGCCCAUCAAUGUGAUCAGUAGCCAUCCAUGUUAUCUGUAGCCAUCCAUGUUAUCUGUGGCCAUCAAUGUGAUCAGUAGCCAUCCACAUUAUCUGUGGCAAUCCAUGUAAUCAGUAGCCAUCCAUGUUAUCUGUGGCAAUCCAUGUAAUCAGUAGCCAUCUAUGUUAUCAUUAGCCAUCCAUGUUAUCUGUGGCCAUCCAUGUUAUCAGUAGUCAUCAAUGUAAUCAGUAGUCAUCCAUUAACGUGAUCAUUAGCCAUCCAUGUUACUGGUACCCAUCCGUGUUCAAGUAGCUAUCCAUGUUAUCAGUAGCCACCCAAUUAGUUACAUUAAAAGUUCACCAUUAAUGUUAUUCUUGUCUCACUAUUCGAUUUGAAACAAAAAUCUGAUUGCUUCAUACUUACAAUUUCUUUAAUGAUAUCUCUCAGGAACUACAAGGUAAGCCCUAUAUUCCUGGACCCAAUGUUCAUCUGCCUAAAGUUGCCGUUGACAAGACAGCUGUGCACGAGUCUCUCAGGCUGUUCCACGAACAAGGAAAACUAGACUGUUUACAAACUUCUGAGGCUGGCAACAGUUCCAGCUGGUGGUACGUGCCGUUGGCCGUAGGUGCUGGAUUACUAACUGCCGCCCUCUUAUCUGGUGGCAAAAAAACAAAGGAGGGUGAAGGUAUUGACAAGAAUCCAAAGAAGUAGAUUGUGCACAAUAUUGGUGUACAGCAGAUGGGUACAGCAGUUGUGUACAGCAGUGGUGUGCAAAAUGUGUACAGUAGUUCUGUGCAGCUGUUGUGUGCAUCAUGUGUACAGUAGUGGUGUACAGCAGUUGUGUGCAGCAGGUGUGUACAGCAGUUCUGUACAGCAUUUUUACAGCAGUUGUGUGUAGCAGUUGUGCGCAGCAUGUGUACAGUAGUGGUGUACAGCAAUUAUGUACGGCAGUGGUGUACAGCAGUGUGUGUAGGAGUUGUGUUCAGCAUGUGUACAUCAGUUGUGUGCAGCAGUUGUGUGCAGCAUGUGGACAGCAGUUAUGUACAGCAGUGGUGUACAGCAGUGUGUGUAGGAGUUGUGUUCAGCAUGUGUACAUCAGUUGUGUGCAGCAGUCAUGUGCAGCAUGUGUACAUCAGUUUUGUACAUCCGUUGUGUGCAGCAGUCAUGUGCAGCAUGUGUACAUCAGUUUUGUACAGCAGUUGUGUGCAGCAGUCAUGUGCAGCAUGUGUACAUCAGUUUUGUACAUCCGUUGUGUGCAGCAGUCAUGUGCAGCAUGUAUACAUCAGUUUUGUACAUCCGUUGUGUGCAGCAGUCAUGUGCAGCAUGUGUACAUCAGUUUUGUACAUCAGUUGUGUGCAGCAGUCAAUAACUAGUGUGCAUCCAGCCUUAAGUCACCAGUUAUUUAUACAAUUGGAUAUUCAGAAUGUAUCUGUAUUUAUUUCUGGACAUAUUGCUUUUGAAACUUCAUCUAAAAUGUAAUCAACAUUUAAAGUUAACCUCAUGAUCAUAGUUGCUAAAAAAUUUGAUGAUGUGAAUAGCAGUAGUGUAUGAUUAACUCCAAAUGGCUUCUCAUACUGUUUUGCCAGACCUUAAUCACUUCAAAUGGCUUCUCAUACAGAAUUACUAGUCCUUGAUCACAUAAGAUGGCUUCUCAUACUGUAUUACCAGUACUUGAUCACAUAAGAUGACUUCUCAUACUGUAUUACCAGUACUUGAUCACUCCAAAUGACUUCUCAUACUGUAUUAACAGUACUUGAUCACAUAAGAUUACUUCUCAUACUGUAUUACCAGUACUUGAUCACUCCAAAUGACUUCUCAUACUGUAUUACCAGUACUUGAUCACAUAAGAUGACUUCUCAUACUGUAUUACCAGUACUUGAUCACUCCAAAUGACUUCUCAUACUGUAUUACCAGUACUUGAUCAUAUAAGAUGACUUCUCAUACUGUAUUACCAGUACUUGAUCACAUAAGAUAACUUCUCAUACUGUAUUACCAGUCCUUGAUCACAUAAGAUGACUUCUCAUACUGUAUUACCAGUCCUUGAUCACAUAAGAUGGCUUCUCAUACUGUAUUACCAGUCCUUGAUCACAUAAGAUAACUUCUCAUACUGUAUUACCAGUACUUGAUCACAUAAGAUGACUUCUCAAAACCGUAUUACCAGUACUUGAUCACAUAAGAUGACUUCUCAUACUGUAUUACCAGUACUUGAUCACAUAAUAUGACUUCUCAUACUGUAUUACCAGUCCUUGAUCUCUCCAAAUGACUUCUCAUACUGUAUUAACCAGAGUCAACACUGCUUACUGUGGUCCCUAACUUUUAGGAUCACUGGCUAAAAUAUGUUAAAUAUUAGUGCAUAUUUCAUGAGUAAUACAUGAAUACAGUACAGCUGUAAAUGUCAUAGGUAUUGUUUGUAAUACAUGAAUUCAGUACAACUGUAAUUGACAUUGGUACCAGCAUUGUUUGUUACACAUGAAUUCAGUAUAAUUUGGAAUAUAUGAAUUCAAUAUACCUAUAAAUGACAUAGGUACCGGUAUUGUUUGAAAUGCAUGAAUUCAGAUACUCUAUAAAUGACAUUUGUACCAGUAUUGUUUAAAAUACAUGAAUUCAGCACAACUAUAAAUGACUUUGGUAUUGUUCGUAAUACAGGAAUUCAGCACUGUUAGUUUAUCAAGAGUCAUGAGUUUCAGUGCUGUUUAUUUAUCAAGAUUCACGAUUUUCAGUAUUACUAAUGUACAUAUUAUGUUUCUGGAUUAAAGUAACAUUGUUAAAGG